UCGUUCAUUCGAUUUUUAAUACCGUGAAGAUUAGUGAAAUGAUUACUUUUGUGGAUAUUGCGCUCCCAGUGCAUUCAAGGUCUCUAUCGGCGAUCCUGCCGGCGAUCGUGAUCGUUCAAAACCGGUUUGGGUGGUGAUGACGCUAGGUGGUGGGGUGGCGUAGAUAAAUCUCGUGGGAAGCCGCUUCUCGCGGUCACGGCGUGUGUAAUUACGAGAAGCGGCUGUGCCGGCUUAGCUCAUCCGAGCCGCGUCAUCCACCGUGGAGCAGCCUUUCAAGUGCGGAGGAGGUGUUUCGAUCGCGAGGUCGUGUUUCUUACCGCGAUCGAGUUAGUUUUCUGUUGUAGGCAGAUCAUGUCGGGUGCAUUUUUGGCUGUAACGAUCGUGCUGUUGUGGGUGCCACAGCAGGGUGUUUGCGGAUCGUACGUUGAUCUGCCGAAAGCGCAUCUUCCCAUGUACUUCCGGCGUUUUCCUGCCCUCGAAAAACAGUGCGCAGAAGACGAACAGUGCCCAUAUCGAUCAGUGAUCGCCAGCGAAAGUUACCAACGGCAUAAGAACGCUUGCUGGGGGUACGAAGAUGGGUGCACGGAGAAGGAACGGUACGUUAACCAUACCUGCCCCGGGAGCCACAUUGGUUACGUGAAAAGCAAACAGGCCCAGCUGGACACGUUCUACAGUCAAGCAGAUUUCGGAUUCAUUCGCGAUCAGAUCCGUGAGACGCACAUCAUGUGUGAGCCCCAGUUCCCGCACGAUUCGUCGCUGGAGUGCUCCAAGUAUCUGCGCUUCUGCCGAGGUCGUAAUCUGAUGAUCAACUUUACGGAUUUGGCCCAACGCACCGAACCGUUACGGUACAAGAUGGAUGUGCUCAGCCAGGGUCAGAUCGGUGGUCAUUGUAGGCUGCACGAGGGUCGGCUGCAAGAUGAGCUGCAGCACAUAAGCCCACUGCAGUCGUGGGGUCCCGAGUUGCGGUUUUUCGAACGGCUUGAGCAACCACCGAUCCAGACCGGACUGUGCGAUGUUGUGAUUGAAAAGCCUGCGUUCAUUAUGAAAAUCGAUGCAACCAUCAAUAUGUAUCACCAUUUCUGUGACUUUCUGAAUCUGUACGGUUCGCUGCACGCCAAUCUAUCGCACCCAGAUGGCUUUACGACCGAUACGCAGGUGCUGAUCUGGGAAUCGUUUCGUUAUAUAUCGCCGUUUGCGGACACGUUUAAGGUGUUCACACGUCACCCGAUCGCCGAUCUCAAGACUUAUGCCGGGAAGGUGGUGUGCUUCCGCAACGUGGUGUUACCGUUGUUGCCGCGCAUGAUCUUCGGACUCUACUACAACACACCAAUUAUCCAUGGCUGUGAAAACAGUGGCCUGUUUCAUGCAUUCUCCGAACAUGUGCUACACCGGAUGAGGAUACGACUGUUGAAGCGACCGGAUCGUCGCUUACGUAUAACGUUCCUGUCUCGCCAGACUCGCUACCGGCGUGUAUUGAACGAAAACGAGCUAGUGGCCAGCAUUUCUGACAAUCCGGACUAUUCCGUCCAACUAGUGAGCUAUGGGCAUGAGAUGAUCUUCAUUGAGCAGCUAAAGAUAACGCGAAACACCGACAUCUUCAUCGGAAUGCAUGGUGCCGGGUUGACGCACCUCCUGUUCCUUCCCAAGUGGGCUACACUGUUCGAGCUGUACCACUGUGAAGAUCCCAACUGUUACCGGGAUCUAGCACGGUUACGGGGCGUGCAUUAUCUCACCUGGGAGCGUGACAAUCUGGUGUAUCCCGAGGGUGAAGGACGUCAUCCGGAGCGUAACGAGCGGCACGCAAAGUUCACCAACUAUGCGUUUGAGGCUAGCGAGUUUCAACGGUUGGUUGCAAAAGCAGCGGAACACGUGCGACGGCACACGGAAUAUCGUCGCUUUGUAGCUAAAAAUACUCCGGAACAAACGAUUAAGGAUGAGCUUUAACGGGGGCAGGAUAUUAAAUGCCUCGUCGCGAUCACUUUGGUGACUGUUUACCAAUGCUUCAUCGUCCGUCGUGAUGAUUAGUUCUUAAGAAAGGCAUGAUACAACCUUGCGACUGUGGCCUUACCUUUUGGAAGCUAUGAGAUUACUUACCCUGCCGCGCCUGUGUCACGCCGACACCUUGCCCUAGUGUCUUCAAUGAUUAACAAACAGUAUUUAAUGAAUUCCAAAUGCGUUAAGCAAGAAAGCGAAUCGAUUCUAAAGUGUACUUAAUCCUCGUUAUUUAUUAAAGGCUUUGGAUGGCCACCUAAUGAUCAACAAACAGAACAAAUAAAUAAUGUAAUUUAGGAUUUAUGAUUGGAA